CGACAACACCCUUCAAUCAAUAAGUGGAUCGCCACUUGUUUAUGUUACAGCCGGCAGUACAUGACAAGUCAUUUAUCAACAAAGGACAAUGCUAAUAAUUGUACUGGUUAAUUUUUUAUUUGUGUCUACUUUCCUAAGUGAGAGGAUGAAUGCUGAUUCAAAAUUCUCCUCAGUGUGUAUUUUCAAUACAAGGUGCCGGUGUUUUAAUGAGACAGGAACAUCAAAAUUACAUGUGAAUUGCGCACACAGUAUGGUUAAGAAAAUUCCAGAAGUUCCACGAAAUGUUUUUAAUUUUAAUCUCCAACAUAACAUUAUCAGGAAAAUAGAGGACAACGUAUUUCAAAAUUUAACGACACUAUAUCCUUAUUGGAUUUAUCACAUAAUGAAAUUAUCAGUUUGAAAUCAAACUCUUUUGAGGGAUUGGGAGAACUAGAAGAGUUAAACUUAAAUGACAACCCAAUACAAUAUACAGAUUUUCCAAAUGGAACGUUUAUCCCGUUAGUAUCUCUCAAACGUCUUUACAUUAAACGUACAUUUCAAGCUAUGAAUAGACAUAGAAACAUGUUUUCAGAUAAAACAAUGUCAGAUUUGAAAACAUUGGAGAAAUUGGAAAUAGACAUUCGUGCAAAAUCAAAAAAAGACAUUAUGUUUGGAGAAGGAUAUAAAUAUUUAAUUAAUCUUAGUUCUCUCAAUAUUGGCUUAUGUUAUAUUCAAGUUUUUGUUGAUAGAAAAAUCUUCCAGUUUAUGCCUCUUUUGACAAAUAUUUCUUUUGACAUGCAUUGUCGAAUGUCUAUUUUCCCCGGAGGGCAUCAAAGUCUACAAAGCGUAAGACAACUUUACGUUCACCAUUUAAUUUCCGUACAAAAUUUAUCAUAUUUUAAUAGUUUUACAAACGAAUUAAAACGGACACCCAUUGAAACAUUGACCUUUCAAAAGACUUUUCCAAAUAGUUUGGAUUACUUCCCUUGGAACCCAAUUAGUGAAAGUUUCUACAACUCGUCUCUAAAAAAAUUACGAAUGACCGGUAAUAAACUUUAUGAAAGCUUUUCAUCGUCUAAACUUAAUGCUCCUCCUUCUAGCUUACAAGAACUGAAUCUUUCCAGUAAUAGACUUUACAUGUUUGUGUUAGAUUUAGGGAAUAUUCGAAAGCUAAAUCUACAAAAGAACCUUCUUGGAGCAUUUUUAAGUUCUCAUAGAUAUAAAAGGUCAAGGACAAUUAACAGCAAACUUGAAUAUAUAGAUUUGUCGAUGAAUCAUAUUGAAAAACUUACAUUUCGAAUAUUUCAGGGACAACCAAAUUUAAAAUAUAUCAACCUUAGUCGUAACAAGUUGCAAAAGAUGACAUUUCGAGUUUCUCGAUUGCAUUAUCUUCGUUAUUUAAAUUUAUCAACAAACAAUUUUACGACAUUAGACAAAAAUGCUAUGGAAAAUUUCGAUGUUCUAUCUAAAAAAACGUCCUUCAUAGUAAAUUUACGAAACAAUGCAUUGCACUGUACAUGUAAAACAUUGCCAUUCCUAAAGUGGACCACCAAAACAAAAGUUGAUGUACUGAUUAACGAUAAUUGUACUUUAGGAGAUGGGACGAUCGUGAGUUUCAGCUCAAUAGACUCAAUAAUACAGCAACUACAGAAAGGAUGUACGACAUAUACAUCCUUAAUUAUUGGUUUGACUACGGUCUUGGCAGUCAUUUUGGCCGUUGUAGUGUUUGCUUUAGUAUAUAAAUACAGAUGGAUAGAAAUGUUGUGA